CGGAAAAACCUAAUGAGGGCGGGAAGGCAACAGGUGGAUGGAGGAAGAGAAAGUAACAUCCACUAACAAAGACAAUCUGGAGGAGAAAGACGGCAGCUCUUUUGACAGUGUAAAGGAGACUCAAUCUGUUUCUUAUUCUGUGUGGAAGAGUAGUGCGUACUACUGGCUGUUCAGUGCACUCUGUUGCCGUUGGAAAUGAACUGGGGCAACACCUGAGAGGAGGCUGGUCGGGAGCAGAAAGGGAAUGCUUUCUUCCUGGAGAAUUGAGCCGCUGUUAUCCUCACCUGGUGGAUGUACGGGGCGGAGAGAGGCCUGAUUGGAGGGAACAUUCUGGGCCUGACUGAAAGACCUGUGCUCCGUUCUCAGCUCUGAGGUGGUUAUAUGGCCAGAAGGAAAUCCUGUUUCAAACCUGAUCAACUAAAGAAUGCUAUUUUCCACACUUGUGCUGUGACCUACUACAGUACUGAAGCUACUGUAUAUGGAAGAACCUUCUCUGGCCAGGGAGGAUUUAGAAGUCACGAAGCGACAGGCCCAGACAGCCCACUCCUCUUCACGAUGCAACAGCCAACUGGAGGAGUGGAGCAGCAGGACGAAUCCUUUGAUUUCUUGUUCAAGAUCAUCCUGAUUGGAGAUUCUAACGUGGGCAAGACCUGCGUGGUCCAGAGCUUCAAGUCAGGACAGUUCUCAGAGAGGCAACAGAACACCAUAGGAGUGGACUUCACCGUGCGGACAGUGGACAUCGAGGGCAAGAAAAUUAAGAUGCAGGUAUGGGACACGGCUGGACAGGAGCGUUUCCGGACCAUCACCCAGAGUUACUACCGCAGCGCCCACGGCGCCAUGAUCGCCUAUGACAUCACACGCCACGGAACCUUUGACUCUGUGUCCAAUUGGAUCAGGGAGGUGGAGCUGUACGGCGCGGCCAAUGUAGUGCUCUGUCUCAUUGGUAACAAGUCUGACCUGGAGUCUGAGCGUCAGGUGUUGUUCCAGGAGGCAUGCUGUAUGGCUGAGGAGAGAGGCAUCCUGGCAGCGUUAGAGACCUCAGCUAAGGAGGCCCAGAAUGUGGACGAUGCCUUCAUGAUGAUGGCCCGCGAGCUGCUGGCACGCAACGGCACUGCCGUCCGGCAACAGGCCCCUAGCAACAAUGACUCGCCCCGCGUCCUGCUCCGAGCCAACUCACGACCAAUCAACGGGCCAGCAGUGAUCACAGACAGGAAGACGUGUUGCUGACAUAGAGAGGAGGAAGGACAACAGACGAAGUGUAAGAAUGGAUACCUGCGUGUGCCACUGUGUUACCUGGAAGAGGACAGAAUAAGGCAGGGAUCAUCAACUAGAUUCAGCCGCGGGACCAUUUUUUCUGGAACGGAUGUUCAGUGGGCCGGAACACAAUUACAAUUAAUUUGUAAACCACAAAUUGAGCGCAAGAAGCCCAAACAGAUAUAGUUUGACGAAACAUAAUCAUUUCAAACCUGGUUCACGUUUGUAUACGUUCACGUGUCUCUCCAUUAUGCGUGGGAAGCUGGAGCUGAUUUGGAGCUGAUUUCCUGGUGUUUCAACAAUCUUUAAUGUCAACAAUAACAAUUCCACAAAGAAAUAUAUAGUA